AUGCCACCACGGCUUUUCGAACGACUUUCGGCUGCCUUUUGGGGCUAUCUCUCUCCACAGCAACCUACCACAAAGAGAAAGGCAGUCGCCCGUGAUGCUCGACCUCCACGCGUCUCUCUGACCAAUUUCGUUACUCCCGAGCGCCCUGGCAGUGGUUACUUGCCACCCACACCCGCCGACACGCACGCUGGCUCCAAGAGAAAAAGAGACUUUGAGGUCGAGGACUACAGAAAGAGAAGCAAAUAUGAGGAGUCGCAAGACGAGACCGACGCCGAAGAAGUCCGUCUCGAAGACCUGAAGCUGGAACGUGUGGAACGGUCGACAGAACAGUAUGAUCCCGCUGACCUGUUCUCCGAGGACGAUGAGUACGACAGUGGAGAUGAGGAUGGGGAAAGUGGUGCACAUUACGACUACAGCGUCUACAAUCCUACCAUCAACUCGUCAAAGCUACCAGGACAGGGGUCUGAGGGAGACGGCAAUGAGGAUGAUGGCAUUCAGUACGACUACAACAUCUACAAUCCUACCAUUCGCUCGGACAGGCCCUUCUCAGGCCGAAGGACCCUCCUCGAGAGCGCCCUACCUCGAGACGUUACCCAGAUCAUCAUCGACAGCACAGAGGGAGAAAUCGACGAUGACGUCAUCAAUGUCCUUCCUAGACCAGCACCUCCUGUAUACGGAAGCGGAGACGAAGACCUCAUCGUCUUUGCCGACACAGAUGCCAGCGACAACGACGCUCUGGACGUUAAUCACGCUCAAGACGACAACUCCUCACUUCUCGUAACCUCUUUCAAAGAGCCUUCCCUCUUCGGUUCCUUUUUCGAAGAAGCCCAGGACGGCGAAGAUACAAUCCUGCUCGAUUCACGUGCUCGCGUCGGUAGUCUCGAAGACGAGCGCGUGUCAAAGGAACAACUUCUCGCCCGCGGCUGGCCCCAGAACACCGUCUGGCUCAUCCAACGCAUCCAUAACCGUGGCCGCGAACCCCUGUUUGCUUUCCACUGGCGCAUGGACUUUCCUAUGAUGCCUGAAGGCAUGUUUCUACCCAAGCGUCACGAACAUCCAGGUUACAUCAAUACCCUGCGCGGCAAAGAUUUCCGCGCCAAACAUGCAUUUGAAAGACUCAUGCAGCUUGGCCCAAAAGUCAGAGACAAAAUCACCGUGGGUCUUGCACCGGAAAAACUCAUCGUCGAUGAAUUGCACAGAUACAUGCACUGGGCAGAUUGGGAUAGCAGAAACCAAUUCCCAUCCUACCCAUUCAUUGAAAUCCACACUGGAACCAGAGAUGAAGAUGUCAAUGCCAUGCAAGAUACCUUGCUUCUUCGCCUUUCAAAUCUGCAUAAACACUGGUUGGCUUCUUCUGACGAGGCACCAAAACGCUCCCCUGCUUUUAUUGGGUCUACUGAUGUGGAUGAGACUCAGCCGCCACCGUUAUAUGGUAUCCUGGUCUCGCAUACUUUGCUCGGUAUCGUUGCUUUUGUGCCUGGCGCUCAGGACAGCGAUUCAAUCGGUUACCUGCGCACGGUGGGUGUUUUCGACUUCAAUGUCGUGGGCUACGAUGUGUGGACGAGUUUGGCGCUGGCAUUGCUAGUCGUUCACGUCAGGAACGAGGGUGUGAACAGAGGAUGUUCGAACAGGAGGGAAGGUAUAAGAGAUCCUUGGGCGGGAGUGAGCGCGAGCAGAGAUCCCGACAGAUAA